CAGGCGCUCAAGUAGCCAUUGCCAUCCCUGUCUCUUGGCCGCAGGACUGUUAUCCUGUUGUACCACAAGCGAUUCUGGCUUGGCCCCGAUUGUUCCCACGUCGCAGUGCGAAAAUGUGUACAAAUACUGCAGCAGCAGUAGCAGCAGCAAAAGCAGCAGCAGCAGCAGCAGCAUAUCCGCAGUAACUUGACUGCAGGAUCGGGUGUAUUAUUUGUGUGCAAAUUCGGCAGCAGGAUCUCCAGUGCUCCGCCCUGUUUUUGUUUUUUGGGGCUUCUUCUUUUAAAAAGGCGUUGGAAGGGAGGGAUUGGACUCCCAAUCAGUGCAGGAAUGUGGACCCAUUUUGUGCCAGUGGAGAGCAUUUAACCGACUGAGAAUCGACCAUUAGGAUACGCCUUUUCGUAUCCUGCUGCCACGAAGACGACAACAAAUCGCAGGUCCGCCAAAAAAUUAAUCCGCCGGAAUGAGAGUGGGGGCGGACAUGGUCUACGAUUACGGCAGCGAGGACCCAAUGGGCACCACCCACCUGGACUGGCCCUUUCUCAUCAAGGGCAUCCUGGAGGGCCAGACCUGCACACCCACUGCACCGGAGCCGCUGGCCGCCAUCCUAUGGGCCAUCUUUGCCGUGUUCGGCAUCGUGUACGCCCUGCUUGGCUACCGGUGUCUGCGCGCCGUCGGCUUCCUCAGCGGAUUGAUGGUGGGCGCCAAUGGCAUCUUCAUCCUGCAGGACUUCCAAAUCACCUUCCUGGGCAAACCGGCGGACUCGGCGCUGGCCAUUGUGGCGGGUCUGCUGGGCGCGGUCCUGGGCUCCACAUAUCCGGUGGCCUCCGUGCUGAUCAGCGCCUUCGCCGGUGCCCUGCUCUCCGGCGCCGCAAUGGCCGUGUGCGUGGCCACCUUUCCGGACAAUGAGUUCGGGUACCGCGAGAUCUAUGUGGCCGUGGUGGGCGGCGCCGUCAUCUGCUCGGUGCUGACCUUGUGCUGCGUCAAAUACGUGACCAUACUCACGUCCAGCAUCGUGGGCACGGCCAUGAUCCUAAGCGCCAUUGACUUUUUUAUGCACGGCCUGGAGACCAUUAAUUGGAUAAUCGGCAUGCGACCGCAUCCCUCGCCGCCGCCCUGUUACGGUGGCCUCCUGAUCGCCGCCUGGCCCAUCACCAUCGUGCUCAGCAUCAUGGUGCAGUGCUUCAUCACCGCUUGGCGCGUGGACCACCGCAAGCGCGUCUACAUGCGGCACCACAACCACCCCGGCCACGCCCACGGCGCCCACCUGCCGCACAGCCAGCAGCAGGCGGGGCCGGGCCACGCCCUCGCCCCCGUCCGGCGGUCCCAGUCCCGCACCCGCGAGACGCGCGAGGAGGCCAGGCAGCGCAAGUUCCGCUACCUUUACCAGGUGCGCACGGCCCGCGGCGACAUCAUAUCGCAGAAUUUUGUGUCGGCUCUGCAGAAGCGCAUCCAGCUGAGCGGCACGGAGACGCCCUCGGAGCGGUCGAUUAAGAGCAGCUCGAACGAGCGGAACACGUUCCGGAGCGACCGGACGCACUUCACCACCAUCCACGACCCCGACUCGGAGCUGUGCGACAAGAUCGAGAUCGUCCGUGACAUUGGAUAACAAACAAGCAAUAGCUACAUGUAACUAUACCCGUAAGGGGGCUACGGGCUGCGGUACUUGGGCGCGGAUGGGACACGGGUCGGGGGAGGCACCUGGUCGAUCAGGUGGGAACGGGCAGGAUCGCGGACUCUAAAGAGAACUGCGGAGGAGAAGGCGGAUGAUGACUGAAACAAGUACGGUUGCAUGUAGACUUUGUGGAUGGGGCACCAAGUGCCGGAAACUGGAGAAGGACACUGGAGAUGGACAUCGGAAGCUUUAAAUAUCAGAGGAUAUGCGGAUCUGGAGCUGAUUUCCCGCACAUUGGAGCACUUCUUCGCCGCCAAGCGGAGAAUCAGCGGGACAAGUAUUAGAUUUAGGUUACUUGAAUCGUGCACAGCUAGAAUGUAAGACAUCCGACUGCGGAGGGGAGUUGGCAGGAAGUUGAUUUCGUUCUCCACACUUAUUCGAAUGUUACUACAGAUAGAAAUACUCCCUAUGUAUACAACUAACAUACCGAUUUACUUGUACUUGUAUGUGCGGCAAAUAAGAGGGCCGCGAAUAAGUUGGGCUAAUACUCUAAGUGAUGAAUGAGAUGGGUAUCCAUCGUAGUCCUGCAACUAAACUAAACCUAACCAAGUACUAGCAACGCUUAUCCCACUUCGAGUAUAGCCAGGCAACCGCAAUUACUAAUCAGUUCAUAUCUGUGUUAUAAUUAUACGAUUCAAGAGGAAACCAGCGAUGCAAGUGGGCACAGCGCCAGCAUUUCGUUGCAUUUAAACUAUCAAGUACGUAGGACUAAGAACUAUGUAUGUUGCAAACUCUAUACACUGCAGUUUCCCAAACUCCCAAGACAGCAAAAUACAAUACAAUACAAUACAAUACCUAUUAAGUACAAUAAAAAAGAAGGGGAAAUAUGUAGGCAGAUGAGUUCGAAUUAUAAGCCUGUACAGUUGGAGCCAUAGUCCACUUAGAGUUAGACCUAGCAUUAGCCAGUCGAAGAGCCAAAGCUAAGCCACUUUUUUGACUACACACAACAUGUCGAUAUAUGUAACACACAAUCGCUGUAGAAGGAAGGGAAUAUAAGGUCCGACCAAGUCAAAAUUCAGCAUUUAACACCCCAAAACGAUCCGCUCGAUCAGCCGUCUUAGCACUAUCCGUAAGAUUCACGUUCAAAAUAUAUACAUAUAUAUAUAUAGAUAUAUUAUAAGGUAUUAGAUCCAUGCAAACAGCGGUACAAACUCAAAUUAAUUCCAAAAAUUUCACGCAAUUAAUGCUAGCCGAGACAUUUGUACCAAGGUAAGUGAUAUGCAACGUUUUUAACUGUCUAGUUAAAGAGCCUCAGCGCAAUUUUUGAGAACUUAAAUCGUGGAAUCAAUAGGAAUGAACAUUCUGAGAGGUCUAUAUAGUCUUCCAUAGUUAUUUUCUUAAUAAGUUUUAAUUUUUAAAUUCUUUUCACACAAAAUGCUAUGUAAACUUUCCAAAUUAAGUGAUACAAGUAAUGAUAGUUUUUCACACCAUCACAUUUUUGCUAGACUGAUUUCCAAAAUAUUUGCAGUUCACAGGAUCUAAUUAUUUUGCGCAAAACAGGUUGGGCUCAUUAGCUAGACACUUGCAAAAAAAAAAAAAAAAAAAUUUAGAAAUAAAAAUUAAUAGAGUAAGUAAAAUAAAAAAAAAAAGAUUUCUCCAAACCUUGAAGGAUUGGACAUUGCCAGGCAGAAACUUCCAUAUCGAAUCGGUUGGUUUCCAAAUCACAAAUAUGUGUAUAACUCAAGUUUCCUGUUAUGUUGAUUUGCGCUUAGUUUUGAGGAAUUGCUGCCGUCCGCAAUUGUUGAUUUAUACUAUCCAACAAACUGUAGAAACGACCUAAGCAAUUUAUUGGGAACAUUUUUUAAAAAUCUAAAAUCUCUAUUUGUCACAAGUUAUUUUCGGUUUUAAAAAAUUACCCAAUAAUUUGUGGAAAGUUGUAUGCGGUUUGACUCAGUAUCUUUUCCUAUAAGUUGGUAAUUCUGUUCCUCUCGUGGUUUUAUUGUUCAUCAGCAAUGUCUAAUCGGAGGAUAAUGGGGUAAUGUUGUAUUCUUAAGUUCGGCAAAUAACAGACAUUUUGUAAGACAAAGGUUCGAAACCCUUAAUUCAAUAUAAUGAAAAGAUUAAGUAACUGCAAACUAAAGUAGUAAAAAUCAUAAAAGAGUUGCACAUUUAAAUCCAAAUAAAAAAUGUUAGGAUGCAUUAUCAAUACAAAAACGAUUAUAGUCGAUGCGAUUUCAGCUGUGGAAAUUGCUUAGGUGGAUCAUUAAAUUUCUGGUGCCAGAGUGAAGUCAAGGCUUGGAAUAACACUAAUAAAAACAUCUGUAAUAACCAAAAAGAAAAAUUAAUAAAUAAACGAUGCAGGCCACACAUGUGUUUUUCUUGAAUCACAGUACGUAUAGAUCAAAA